GGAUGAUAUUCCAAGUACAAGUUAUUUUUCACAAUCAUAUCAACGCAGUCGAAUAAUAUAUUAAAUAAACAACUCUAAAAUUGAAUGACUUGAAGUUUCUGGAAAUGUAGACAGAAAUAAUUAAACCUUAUGAAGGUCACUUGUUUUUGAAGCAGUAUAGUGAUAGCAUCUCUGGCUGUUAUUUUCAAUUCAAUAGCUCUGAGAAUGAGGUCUUUUGAUAUAGUGAAUCAAUCUAAUUCUCUCAACAAAAUGGCUGUUGGUAAAGCUGUAGUCAAAAAUGCCGAUAUGGACCAGAUAAUGCAAGAAGAUGCUGUACAAAUAGCUGCUGCAGCCAGAGAAAAGUAUGAAGUUGACAAAGACAUUGCUACUUAUGUUAAACAACAUUUCGACCGAAAAUAUGGACGUACUUGGCAUUGUAUAGUUGGUAAACAAUAUGGCAGCACCUUUAAUAUACACUUGGAGAUAUUUCAAAGUUAUAAAUUAUAUUGUGAAUUCCAGUUACUAUUAAGUCGCACAAAUUCACUUCAUACCGAAAAAUUAUUCAUAUUUCAAAUAAUAAAUGGAUUGAUCUAUAAUCCUACCCCAAAAAUAGUAAUAUGAAAAUUUUAAAAUGUCGCUCAAUUUCUUCAUGUUAUUGAGUUGAAUUAAAUGAACGAUUAUCUUACAGAUGCAUCCAGUCGCACACAUACACAUACUCUUCAACUUUGGUGCUUGAAAAUCACGUCAAAAUCCAGAGUACAAUUUAUUUAUUCAUUUCUACAGGUUUAAUGAUUCUCAGCCAAAAAAUAAAUCACAGUGAAAUUAUUUUUCUGAGUUUGAUUUCAUAUAUUAAAAAAUGUUUUUAAAAGCUUGGUAGUUAGUACUGGAAUCCAGGACGCACGUUUCAUCCCAUUUGGGGCUUGUCAUAUGGAUGUACAUGCCACCCCAGUGAGUAAUAUUACUCCCACUAAGACUGGAAUCAAGUAUCCAGUGGGAUAGUAUCACUCGAGUAGUUCUGUUCAGCAUAGUAUAGCAACAGGAGAUUACAAGUAUCAAACAACAGAAUAUUAAACUGACAGAAGUAGGAAAUGUGGACGAUUGGAUUCCGAACCAGCUGCUCAAUGGUAACGUAUUUGUCACGGAACCUGAAGGUCCCAGGUUCGAUCCCUGGUGGUUCGGGGUCGUGGGUGCACACAGCUGAUGAACCCCAUACUAGGACAAAACAGCUGCCGAGUGCUCACAGGUUUCUAAUAUUUCCUGCAACUGAUGUCAUUCCAUGAUAAAUUCCAACGUAAAAUACUGUAAACGUUUAGAUAAAUAAAUCUCAUGACUAUUUUUCCGUUUAUGAGUACUCUUUGUACAUGCAGAUAACCUCUAGACCAUAGAUGGCUAUAGUUUCCAACUCUUUUACUGAAUUUCACGUUGAAUUUUGAUAUCAAGCCAUCAACAAUAAAAUAAGAAAUUAAACUAUCUACAAAGGAUGAAUUUACUGUUUAGUAGUUCAUUUUGUGACACUCUGUCAUCUUUGAAGGUCAUAAAUACAAAAAAUUAUACGCACACACUCUCAAGUACAUUUGUGGCAUUGUUUGCUCGUUCGGAAACACCUAAACCAACUGCUUAAUUGAGGAACUCCAUGUAAAGAAGUUAAGUCAAUUGAAAGAACUUUUAGCAUGCCAGAGUCUACAGUGAAUGAAAUAUACCCUAAUAGAGUUUGGGGGUAAAAAAGAUUGCGAAUAUGAACAAACAAAGUAAUUCUUGAAGUCACUGAUUAUUGAAAUAUAACCUCUUCGAUAGUAUGGGACACCUGAGUGAGUCCUCCAAAAAGUCAGAAGUCAGUUAUUUCAAACUUGUGAUAGCUUUCACCAAAGUGUGUUCAUUGUUGACUUCAUUCCAAUAGUUUGAUUCUGUAUUACACUACCAUGCUGAUAACUUACUCACUUUAAUAUGUUUUCAUCUGUGUGGAUUUUAAAUUUCCCAGUACUUGAGAAUUACAGUAACGUGAAAUUAUUAUUUUUUCCCAAUGUUUCGAUUAAUUUUCCAAUUUAUCUAUCUUUUCACGUGAUUUAUAUGCUUCGCUGACCUCAGAGUACACAAAACAGGAGUUUUAAACAGGAAAUGACUUUCAUUUACUUAGAAAAAUUAUUCUUUUUUAUAAAAUUCGACACAACAAGAAGAAGAAAUGAUUGAUUAUUUGGAACUUGGGAUAUAUUCGGACGAUACAAUAAUCGCUCUUGAUGUUAAAGCUGAAUUAGCAAGGGAGAUUCAAUGUAACAAAACAAACGGUUUUUAAAUACAUAGCUAGACCUCCAAUAAACUUAAGUGUGUGACCCCAACAGAUUUUUAAACAGGUGCGGGUGAUGUAUACAAAUCAACCUUGUCACCCAUUUCAAAGGUAUGUUUAGCUGUGGACAAAGGUGGGCAUCUAUGGUACUCAUGCUGGUGACUAGCAGUGGGAUCUAGGACACGUGUUCCAUUCCAUCUUGGACUCAUCAGCUGGAUGUGCCUGCACUCUUACUGAAACUUGAACCCGUGACCGAUUGCUUCAAAUGUCAAAAUACCAUCCACUAAGAAAUCUGUUGCCUGAAUCAAUGGGAUUAUUCGACUUACUUUUCUAUUGCAGCCAGAACCAGUCUUAAAUAAAUGUAGAAUCGAUAUGUAUUUGUUUGAACAGAACAUACAGGCAAUACUGGAAAGGAAGGCUGAAGUGUUGCAAACAGAUGCAUAACGUUAGCGUUACAAAUUACAUUGUAGAGAUAUGAUUAAUCAUCAAACGGUUUGUGAAGGGCGGGAAUUAGAUUUUCGGGUUUAUUUACAACAACAACAACUUUACAGCAUACACAGAUGGGUGUGAAAAGGUCGGAUUAUGACGUUAUUUUGCUAUGAUAGUGUUAUACUUGAUCCCUGUCUUCUUCUACACACAAAUCUUGGGUAUAGAACUUCAAAUAGCUAGUCUUCAAAGAAAUUUAAAUCGAAUUAUAUUUCAUUUUCAAGGCUCUAUAUAUCUCGUUUGUGCUAUCGACCAGUUAGGUGGAAAGCAGUUGAAUAUGCUCAUUUACAACGUCUUUGGUAUAUCACCAUAUUGAGCAGUUGAAGCGUUUGCUUCUAUCUGAAGAAUUUACUUGCUUUAGUGAGUAAAUAUUGUUGAUUUAUGAAUGCACCUGAAUGGGACAAUAAAUGAGCGUUGAUCUAUUGUUCAUAUAUUAGUCAUCAAAAGAAAAGUUUGUGGCUAGACGUAAUAGUUUCAUAUGAAUACAAAUCACUUGAGUUCAUUCAGUUAUCGUCCUAGACAGAGAAAAACAUCCCAUUGUUCAUAUUCUUCCCAUGAGUGACAUAUUAUCCUGCUUUACUUGGUCAAUAACAGCUUCUAGCUUUUUCAGCAAGUUUACCUUUGCUGUCAUAGUUUCAGCUUUCUUUUUCAAAAUUACUUGACACCUCAGUGGGUAAUUUCAACUGAAUCAAUUAAAAAGUGUGGAUAAACUCAUAACAUAAUAUUAUGCUCUUCGUAUUUUCUCCUCCAUAAAGGACUAUGUUCAGUUAUGCGUCUAGAUAACUUAUAAAGUAUCGAUUUUUGAAUUAUGCUUCGGACGGCAUGUUUCACUGGUUACACUACAGUCUAACUUAAAGAUUUCUUUAUCGACUAUGUUUUUCGAAACUUAAGAAAAAUAAAAAAGCGACACUUUGAAUUUGGUUUUCGUUAGUUUUCCUCUUCAGACUGGAUGGUUCGUUCCAAUCUCUAAUUAACCCAACUUCAUGUGAUUGAUGCAGCGAAUUAGCCUCAGUCUUAAGUCAUCACACUGAUCAUCAUAAUCAACAUCAAGAUCAACAUAAGACCAGGAGUUACUGUAUAAUGCUCCAAUGUUGCCACAUCUUAUAUCAGCACAUCAAAUGACAAGGCAACAAAAUGGAAGAUGAAGAAGAAAAGAAAAAUCAGUCAAAGGAAGUAGAAGUAGAAAGUAGUAAAAUAGGGGAAGAGAGAAUGAGAUGAUAAGAUUAGGUAUAGUGGUUAAGAUGAGGAAAAUUUGUGUAUACAUCUGCGUCACUGAUAUCGGUUCUGACCUAUACCACUUAGUCUUCAGCCAUCGGUUUCUGGCUAAUCUGCAUCCCCCUAAAUGGCUUAACUGAACAGUCAACGACUUCACCCAUUGAUGCCAUGUUUUAGUCUGGCCAAUCCGAGCCUUUUUCCAGCCUGAAACUACUUCGGCCAACAUUAUGUGAUGAGGCAGACGGUGGCUCGGCAAACAUAACACAUGUUCUAGCUAUUUCAGUCGAUGAAGGUUCACAACCGCAUCAACUAUCUUGCCUCUUCUGCCUAAAACUCUACAUCUGACUUAUGCGUUACUUACGUGGUGACACCAAGAAACAAGGCCUAUGCUACGAAGGCAGCAGUGGUCAGAAACCUGAAGCCUCCUCGUGUCUUCUACCUUUAAUGGCCAUGUUUUGCACCCAAACAGUAGAACAGAAUGGAGUGUAGCACAGCGGCAGCACUGAAACACUCAGGUUCAGUAUGUUUGGUUCAUUUGGUUCAGUGAUAUCUGAGAUUAAGAAACUGUAUGUAGAAAGUAAUGUCACCAUUUUAAACAAAAUGAACAAGUCAUAUCUUGAACAUUGAUUUUAGAACCUUAUUUUCUUUCAAUUAUGAACAAGUUAUUCAACAUUAAUCAAAUUUUAUUUUAGUUUGAAUAAUUUCUUUUUACUGACACGUAUAUCAAUUUUGGCAUCAUGAGAAUGAUUUCAAGUCAGUGAUAAUGAACCAUGAUCUGUAUGCUUCAAUAUGACUGAUUACUAUGUUUUACUCUAACUUGCUGAAAGUACUAAACAUUAUCAAAUCAUAAAUAUUACUACUGAAUAUACUAAGCAACAAAAAUUUUGUUUGAAUUUGCGCAGUUAUAUUUCUAGUGUGCGGUUUAAAUAAUUUAUGUUAAAAUAAGUUACUCAUCCUGAUCUCAGAACUAAUUAUUUGCUAGGAUAUACUGUUAUAUAUGUAUGAUGUGGAAUUUGUGUGUCUGUGUCUGUGUGUACGUAUAGUGUAUUAGCUCAAUGUAAACUAAAUUUUACUUUCAUGUACACAUGCCAAACAAAAAAGACAUAUGAUACCGUUGAAAUCAUUAUCAAAGUAAAUAACCACAAACACACAGGAUAGAUCUAAUUCAUUAAAACACAUUAAUACGAUAAAUUAGACAGUAAGCAAUUGAAAACUGAAAAGAAGACUAAUACAGUCAAGUAGAGCAACUUCAGGAUGCAUUUCAGUAAAGUUAUCAUAAAAAACACGGAUAUGGAUGAUGAAAUGAUGGAAUCGGCUGUACGGAUUACAGCAUGUGCUAUGGAUCGAUAUGAAGCUGAUAUGGAUGUGGCUAAUUUCAUUAAAACGAAAUUCAAUAGGAAAUACGGUAGAUCAUGGCACUGUAUUGUCGGUCGACGUUUUGGAAGUGAUGUGUCUCAUGAGGAACGAUCUUUCAUAUACUUCUUUCUCGGAGAUAGAGCAAUUUUGUUGUUCAAGUCUGGUUAACCAACAUGAAAUUCACAAUAAUAAGAAUGCUACAAACCAGUGAUAUAAUACUUUGGGUACUUUCUACACUUUUCCCAUCAUAAAUUUCUUCAUUUCAGUGAGCAGUUUAAAAAAAAUAUUGGAUAAGUCAAACAUUUCUGAACUGCGCAUCUAAAAACUCUAUAUCAACUUCGUAAACUUAUUUCUAUGUUUCACUGCUGCAUAACGUUUGUAUGAAUCAAUUUUUAUACGAGUUAAAUGACCAAUAAAUUGUUUGAAUUCAUCUUC